AUGUGUUGGUCGAAUUCGGUCGCUCAGCUCGCUUCCAGUGGCUGCUCUCCGAGCAUCCGAAGCUGUCCUAGUGCAAUUCUGAUGAACGACGCAUCAGAGAAGAAGGAUCGCACGCAAGUGGCUCUCAUCGCUUGGAGAGACUGCCCUUCGAGCAUCCGAGGAUGGCGUCGUAAGAUUCUGAUGGGGAGGGAUUCUGAAACACCUGGAGAAGUCGUGUCUCAAAACUCUGAAGCUUCUCCAAGCGAACCCCUCCCUCUCAGAAUAUCACGACGCCAUCUUUCGCUUCGCCGUCCUCUCCCUGCCUUCUACGCGCUACUGCUGUUGUCAAAAGCUUCUAAUGCCUUCUCAAAGCUUCUCAGAAUCCUUGCCCAUCAGAAUUCCACUAUGAUAGCGUCAGACGCUCGGAGAGCAGGCUCUCCACGCGAGCGGAUCCACUGGCGUGCGAUCUUUGCACUUCGCCGUCCCCUCCUUGCAUUCUACGUCCUUUUGCUGAUUGCAGCAUGCUUCUAGAGCCUUCUCAAGGCUUCUCAGAAUCCUUGCCUAUCAGAAUUCUACUAUUCCAUUGUCAGCUGCUCGGAGAGGAACCACUGCGGUAACAGUUUGACGCUAUUUUCAAACAGUAAGAGAUUUCGCCGUGAAGAAGCUAAAUAAGUUUUAUGGGAAUUCUGAAGAAGUAACCUUGUAUCUCUUUCAUUUAUUUUUAUGCAUUCAGGCUGUUUUACAUUGAUUUUUCUCUGAUUUUUAUUGAAAUCCCUGUCAAAAUCCGACAAUUGCCACUUUCUGCUAAACAAGGCGCAGUACGAUGCUUCAAAAACCAGCGGGUCUCCGCCUGGCCUCUCCAGAAACGCUAGCGCAGGAAUAAUUUUUACAGUCUUUGCUUAUUUUCCACAAUGUUUUGCAAAACAUUCGUUCAAAUUGUUAAAAAUCCAAAAAAUUAUUUUGUAUUCAAAGUAUCAUUCAAAUAUAAUGUGCCUCUUUUAUAAAAGAUCAGAUUGCAUCACAUAAAACUGUAUCAAAUUACAAAAACAAUUCCAUAAUUCCAGGAUGUCUAUCUCAUCAGGUUCUUCAGUUUGUGGCGACGGAGACGGCGACCUUGUGCUUGACGAAGAAGAAGAAAUCGACUUUUAUGCGAUUCUCAACGUUCCCAGAGAGGUUUUCCUCGAAUUUUCAAACAGUUCUAGAAAAUGUAAUAAUUUACAGGCAACCGAUGACGAAAUCAUCAAAGCCUAUCGGAAGAGGUGUCUCAUGUUUCAUCCGGAUCGAUUUACCGACGAAGGCGAGAAGAAAGACGCGGAAAGAGUGUUUGUGAAGCUGCGAAGGGCUCACGAAGUGCUUCUGGAUCCGAAGCAACGGGCAAUUUACGAUGCUCUCGGAGUCCAGGGCCUGGAUACUCAGGGAUGGGAGCUAGUGUCAAGAUCUGCGAAUCCGGAGAACAUUCGGAGAGAAUACGAGUUCCUUCAACGGCUCAAGGACCGAGAAUUGAUGCUCCAGAGGGUCCAUCCGACCAGCACUUUUAUGAUGAAAACUACGGUCGCCGGAUUGUUCACGGAGAACGAGGAGGACAGAUAUUCACCACAAUUGCUGGGAAUAUCCCUCUCCCAGUCAGUCGACUGCGCCUUCACCGGCAUUGACCGUUUCGGACUUUCGGGAAGGGUCAAAACAGGAAACGGCCGCGGAGAUGGAAGUGUUUCAGCCGUAUGGAAGCGUAUCGCUGGAAAUGUAAACUUGGAAGUGAGAAGAUGAAUAAACUCUGAUUUUUAUAACAUUUUCCUUCAGAAUACAGUAACUUUGUCGUCGGAAUCAAUCGCUUUAACGUGUCGUGCCGCACGGAAUGUGUUCACGAGAGCGGCGGUGAUCGUGCAGCCGCAGUUACAGUACAACCUGCUCCACGAGGCGUUUAUUCCUUCCAUUGCUUUUAGUUUGUCGAUUCAAACAAUCCUGGAAGCAAGAAAAAGUGAAUUUCAGUCUAUUCAAUGCGACUUCACCCCCGAUGGCAAGGAUCGAUCGUUCUGAACGUGUCGCCGAUGGGAAAUGCGCUCACGACGACAAUGGUGCACACGGAGAACAACCACGCGAAAGCGGUGGGCAGUCUGACGCUUUCUCCGAUCAACUCAAACCUCCGAAUGGCUUAUUUCAUCCGGAAGACCGAGAAUGACUCGGUCACGGAGAUGUCCGUGCAACUGACCACCUACGGAAUCAACCCGGCCAUCAGCAUGGACCGUCGGCUGUCCCGUUACUCCAGAAUCGCCUGCUCCUUCCACUUCUCCUUCCCCUCCUGUCUUCUCUACACCAAAUUCAAAUUGAAAGCCGGCCAAUCGGCGUUCGAGUGGCAAAUUGUGCUCUGCGACGACAAGGAAUCGCUCUCGCGAAGUGUGCUCUACGGAGUCGCCGUCCCCUACUUCUCCAUCCAACUUGUCAAAGUGAUCUUUCGGCCGUGGUGGGAACGUUUCAAGGCGCUAUUCGACGACACGUCGCGAGAGCAGGAAGUUGACGUGGCGAAAAAGGAGGAAGCGGCGAAUGUGGUCAAUCUUAUGAGGGCGACGGCGGACAGGAUCAGAAGGGACGAGGAAGCGAAGAUGGGCGUAGUCAUUGAGACCGCACGCUACGGACAGUGUGACGGAAGCGGAACGAGGGCGUAUCCGUUGGCCGGAGAGCGGACGAUCGAUGUGACGGUGCCGUUGCAAGCGAUGGUCAAUGAUAGUCAGUUGAGGGUGUAUUCGGUGAAGGUAAGAGCGCAUUUUUGACCCGUUUAUCGAUAAUUGAAAUUCCCAAAUUCCCCAAUUUCAGAGCCAACUGCCUGGCUUCUACGAUCCGUGCCCCGGCGAGCCAAAAAUGCUCACCGUACGCUACGUGUUCCGCGGCGAAGUGCACUCGUGCACAGUCGCCGACGAGAUGCCGUUGAUGCUCCCGCUCCGAGGUUUUUAUACACUUCUCCACCAGCCACAUCACAUUUGUGUUUUAUUAUUACAGCACACCGCCUAUCAAACGGACAUGCGUAA